CUUCUUCUUCAUUCAAAUUAAGUUUAGCAACAACACUUUAAUUUGGAAUCAACUGCAUUUUCAGCUUCAAACGCGUGCGAUUCUCGAUCUGUUACGGAUGGGGAGGUGGUAGAGGAAUUGAAGAAUUCAACUUCCCCUGCAUUGCUACUUUAAUGCCAUGACAACAGGUGAAGGCUCUAAAGAAGAAAUGGAGGGAAGAACUAUUGAGAGAUAUAGCAAGAUCAAGCACGGUUCCUGGUUAGACCAAUUUCGACAUGGCUCUAAUCCUUGGAUGGCUAGAUAUCUUUACGCCAUAUUGUUUCUCAUUGCUAAUUUAUUAGCUUGGGCUGUUCGUGAUUAUGGCCAUAGCAUUUUGAAAGAAAUGAAGAGACUUAAAGGAUGUAAUGGUGGUGAAGACUGUAUGGGUGCAGAAGGAGUAUUGAGAGUAAGCUUGGGGUGUUCUCUAUUCUAUUUCGCCAUGUUCCUAUCUACAGCUGGUACUUCGAAAUUAAAUGACCGCAGAGAAUUAUGGCACUCAGGAUGGUGGUCUGCCAAGCUUUUCAUGAAUAUUUCUCUAAUUGUACUACCCUUUCUUCUUCCAGCAGAGAUUAUUUCAAUCUAUGGCCAGGUUGCGCAUUUUGGUGCUGGGGUAUUUUUACUAAUCCAGCUUAUAAGUAUAAUCAGUUUUAUCACAUGGCUCAACGAUUUCUGUCAUUCUGAGAAAUAUGCUGUGAGAUGCCACGUCCAAAUGAUGUUACUUGCAACAGUUGCAUAUGUUAUAUGCAUCCUCGGGAUCAUCUUAAUGUACAUUUGGUAUACGCCUCAACCAUCGUGCCUUCUUAAUAUCUUCUUCAUCUCCUGGACAUUAGUACUCCUCCAACUCAUGACCAGUGUUUCUCUCCACCCCAAAGUGAAUGCCGGAUUCCUGACUCCAGGUUUUAUGGGGCUAUAUGUGGUGUUCCUCUGCUGGUCUGCCAUCAGAAGUGAACCUGCAGAAGAGAGAUGCAUCCGGAAAGCAGAAUCGCCAACUGGAAAAGGAGACUGGUUCACCAUCAUAAGCUUUGUUGUAGCGGUCCUCACAAUUGUCAUCGCAACAUUUUCUACUGGAAUUGAUUCAAAAUGCUUUCAGUUCAAGAAGGAUGAUGCACCAGAAGAAGAUGAUGUACCAUAUGGUUAUGGAUUCUUUCAUUUUGUCUUUGCGACAGGAGCUAUGUAUUUUGCAAUGCUAUUAAUUGGAUGGAAUCCUAAUCACGCCAUGAAGAAGUUUACAAUAGAUGUUGGUUGGACAAGUACUUGGGUAAGGGUAGUGAAUGAAUGGCUUGCAGUUUGUGUUUACAUAUGGAUGCUCGUGGCUCCGAUCAUAUGGAAAAGCAGGCAAGUUGCAACAUCAAAUGUGUGACAGACAAACUUCACAUUGCUAAGAUUUCUCCAAAUUCUUAUGGCUGGCCUUUGUGGUUUUCAUGCCUGUCCCCGAAAACAGAAGGAAAAAAAAAAGUCUCCACUAUUUGAAAACAAAUAUCCUAUCUAAUCACCUCUCUCCAAGCUAAAAACACUAUAGAAUAUGGAGUGGAGGAAGUAAGUCUGAAUAAUUUUAGCCCUUUGUAUCUGGAAAGCAGAUCUUUAUACAUGUAAAUGUCAUAGCUUAUGUAACUUAUAGAAUCUUGAUUUCUUGAUUUUUUUUUCU